AUGACACUUUAUCGAGAGCCAAUAUCACCUGACCAACGUCUGUUGCUUACAUUGAGGUAUUUAGCGUCUGGUGACUCAAUGAUGUCUCUUAAAUAUCAAUAUUAUAUUGCUCAAUCAACAAUAACACAUAUUAUUGAAGAAACCUGUAAUGCUUUAUGGAUUACUUUAAUGCCCAUUGUUCUAAAAGUACCUACGUCCGAUAAAUGGAAGGAAAUUUCAAAUCAAUUUGAAAUAAAAUGUAAUUUUCCACACUGUAUAGGUGCCGUGGAUGGCAAACAUGUAGUUAUACAGGCACCACCACAUUCUGGUUCUACUUAUUACAAUUAUAAGAGUUCGCAUAGUAUAGUCUUAAUGGCUAUUUGUGAUAGCGAUUACAAAUUUAUACUAGUCGAUAUUGGAGCGACAGGACGUCAAAGUGAUGGAGGCGUAUGGGGAAGAUCUGCUAUGGGUCAAGCAUUUGCAGAAGGUCAAAUAGACAUACCAUUAUCAGAAGAAGUCACUGAAGGACCUGUUUUGCCAUAUGUGUUAGUAGGAGAUGAAACUUUUCAAUUAACCAAUUAUAUGAUGCGUCCUUUUCCUGGAAAAGGAGGUUUGACAAAGGAAAAAGCAGUAUUUAAUUAUCGACUCAGUAGAUCACGCCGUAUGGUGGAAUGCGCGUUUGGAAUUCUUUCUUCGCAAUGGCGAAUAUACAAGCGACCUAUCAACACAUCGAUGGAAACAGCAACAAAAAUAAUACAAGCUACAAUAGUUCUACAUAACUUCUUGCGUCAAAAUGACACUGAUGAUGUUAUUUUCGAAGCUAUUAAUGUUGUGGAUCCAACAUGUUCUGAAGUUGAAACUGCGGCAUUCACAAAUAUUGGCAAUUUUGGAAGCAAUACUUAUACACGAGAGGCAUCUCAUAUACGAAACAUGUUUGUAGAUUAUUUUAAUAAUGAAGGUGCUCUUUCAUGGCAAGAAUCCAUGUUACCAUAA